AUGCAGAAGAGCGUGAAACGCAAUCCUUCUCUAAAAGUAUCGAUCCCUCAGGCGGCGGCGCAGCAACAGUCGCUUAGGCGGUUAGGUUUAUGCUCCACCGGCGGAGCUCAGCAGUCUUCUCCCGUGGUGUUCCCUGAGAAGCGGAGCAGCAGCAAGAAGGCGUCUCGCGGUGAGAAGAAGAUUAGUAGUAAUGGUAAUGAUGAAACUCUGGUGAAACCGAAGGGUGAUGAGCAUAGGAUUGAUAUCGGUGGAGUUGGAGGAGAUGAGAAAUCUGAUUUGUUAGGUAGUCUUGUUUAUGCUGGAAAACUUGUGUUGGAUAAAAGAAAGUCUGUUAGUGGUAAAGACGCCACGGAGAUACAACAAUCAUCUUCUGCUUCUGCUGAUGUGUUUAAUAAAAAAGCUGUUGAUGCGAGGCUUACUAGUAAGGCGUUGGUUUGGGGUUCUCAUAUGUUACAGCUUGACGACGUCGUCUCGUUGACGUAUAAUGUUGGUCUUAGGCAUUUUACUGUGCAUGGUUAUCCGAUUGGGAAGGGCUCUUGUGCACUUUCUUGCUUUAAGAAACCGAAGAGGAGCCGUAAAGAUUUCCGUUUUAUUGCACCUACUGUGGAGGAAGCUGUUCAGUGGGUGGCGAGUUUUGCGGAUCAGCAGUGUUUUAUCAACUGUUUGCCACAUCCUUUAGUCUCUAAGAAGCAGGCUUCGUCUGAGUUGUUUUCGGUUCCUAUUGAUACUCCUCCUGAGUUGGUUUUUAGGUGUAAGAGUGCACCCAAAAUGCUUGUUAUAUUGAACCCUAGGUCAGGGCAUGGACGAUCGAUUAAAGUUUUCCAUGAUGUAGUGGAACCGAUUUUUAAGCUGGCUGGGAUUAAGAUGGAGGUUGUCAAAACAACUAAAGCAGGUCACGCGAGAGAGUUGGCUUCAACUGUCGACAUAAGCUUAUGUUCAGACGGUAUAAUUUGUGUUGGAGGUGACGGAAUCAUCAAUGAGGUUCUUAAUGGUCUAUUUACUCGAAGCAAUCAGAAGGAAAGGGUUACUAUCCCAAUUGGGAUAGUACCUGCUGGCUCGGAUAACUCGUUAGUUUGGACUGUUCUUGGUGUUAGAGAUCCUAUUUCUGCAGCACUCUCUAUUGUGAAGGGUGGCCUAACAGCUACUGAUGUCUUUGCUGUUGAAUGGAUUCAUACGGGUGUUAUGCACUUUGGAAUGACUGUCUCCUACUAUGGUUUUGUUAGCGAUGUUUUGGAGCUCUCUGAGAAAUACCAAAAACGUUUCGGUCCUAUGCGUUACUUAGUUGCUGGAUUCCUCAAGUUCAUGUGUUUGCCAAAGUAUAGCUAUGAAGUGGAAUAUCUUCCGGCGCAAAAGGAAGAUACAGAAGGGAAAAUUGGACAGGAAAAGGAAGUUGUUGAUGUUCAAGAUCUUUACACGGAUGUGAUGAGGAGAUCAAGCAGAGACGGAAUGCCUAGAGCCUCCAGUCUAUCAAGUAUUGACUCUAUAAUGACUCCAAGCGUAGGCGAGCUAGACACAUGUAGCAGCACACAUGCCAGCGCCGAGCCAUCUGAGUAUGUUCGUGGAAUAGAUCCUAAAAUGAAACGCAUGUCCUCUGGCAGACGAGAUGUUGGAGCUGAGACAGAGGUUGUUCAUCCUCAAGGACAGUCAACAACUCCUAAUUGGCCAAGGACAAGGUCAAAGACGAGAGGAUGGAUGGGGUUGACAUCCGUGCAGGAUCCACCUCCUUCAACUCGAUGCUCAUGGGGGAAUACUGGUGCUCAUGACAGAGAAGAUAUUUCAUCUACUGUAUCCGACCCGGGUCCGAUCUGGGAUUCCGGACCCAAAUGGGACAGUGAACCGUCUGCUUGGGAUGUAGAAAACCCGAUAGAGCUGCCAGGUCCUCCUGAGGAUAUAGAGACAGGACUGAGGAGGCAAAGCUUCACACCAAUAUAUGAAGAUAAAUGGGUUUCUAGAAAGGGACAUUUCCUCGGCAUCAUGGUAUGUAACCACGCUUGUCGGACUGUACAGAGCUCCCAAGUGGUGGCUCCAAACUCAGAACAUGACGAUGGUACGAUGGACAUGAUCCUGGUUCAUGGAUGUGGAAGACUGAGGUUGCUCAGGUUUUUUAUCCUCCUGCAAACCGGUAGACACCUUUCACUUCCAUAUGUCGAGUGUGUAAAGGUGAGGUCGGUGAAGGUAAAGGCAGGGAAACAGACGCAUGACAGUUGUGGUAUAGACGGAGAGCUGUUUGCAUUGAAUGGAGAAGUGAUAUCGACUAUGCUACCGGAACAAUGCAGAUUAAUCGGUAACGCUCCUGAACGACAUUUAUAG